ACGGAAGCAAAGGAGAUUUCCAGAAAAGACUUGUGGAGCCCAGAAACGUCGGUCGUAGUUUCUCGCAUUGGCGUGGCUUCUUAGUUUCCUUUCCAAAGCCACACACAACGAUUACAAAGAACAUAGUGUAUUUCACUUUCUGUACCGUGCUUUUCGAGUUUGAAGCGUCUGGGCUCGUUGUAGCACGCAUAACUGUAAGUUAAGACCAUCAGUAUGACGACCAUUGACUACAGCGUGUGGGACCAUAUCGAGGUGUCAGACGAUGAAGACGACACACACCCUAACAUCGAUACGCCUAGUCUUUUCAGAUGGCGACACCAGGCGCGAGUGGAGCGGCAGGAGGCCUUUCAGAAGAAGGGCGAGGAGAUGGAGAAGGUGCUGACCGACAGCAAGAAGAAGCUGGCGGACGCCCAGAAGAAGGUGCGCGAUCUGGAGGGCGCGGCCACCGACGAGGCGAAGGCGGAGCUGGCGAAGGCCCAGACGGAGGAGAAGCAGGCACGGCGGGAGGAGCGCGCCGCCGAGAAGAAGCUGGACGAGUACCGGCGCGAGGAGAAGAAGCAGCCCUGGAACAUCGACACGCUCUGCAAGGAGGGAUUCAGCAAGAGUGUGGUGAACAUCAAGCCUGAGGGCGAGGAGGAGACGGAGGACCAGAAGGAGGAGAAGCACAAGUCCUUUGUGGAGAAGCACGAGAAAGAGAUCAAACACUUCGGUAUGAUGCGGCGCUGGGACGACAGCCAGAAAUACCUGUCAGAUAACCCCCACCUGGUGUGCGAGGAGACGGCCAACUACCUGGUGAUCAUGUGCAUCGACCUGGAGGUGGAGGAGAAACACGCGCUGAUGGAGCAGGUGGCCCACCAGACCAUCGUGAUGCAGUUCAUCCUGGAGCUGGCCAAGAGCCUCAAGGUCGACCCCCGCGGCUGCUUCCGCCAGUUCUUCACCAAGAUCAAGACUGCAGACCAGCAGUACCAGGACGCCUUCAACGAUGAGCUGGAGUCGUUUAAGGGGCGUGUGCGCGGGCGGGCCAAGAUCCGCAUCGAGAAGGCCAUGAAGGAGUACGAGGAGGAGGAGCGCCAGAAGAGGCUCGGCCCCGGGGGCCUGGACCCCGUGGAGGUCUACGAGACCCUGCCCGAGGGGAUGCAGAAGUGCUUUGACGAGAAGGACAUCUCGUUGUUGCAGGAUGCUAUCAGCAAAAUGGAUCCUACGGAGGCCAAGUACCACAUGAAGCGCUGCAUCGACUCUGGGCUCUGGGUUCCCAACUCACGGACGGAUGGCGACGACGAUGACAAGGAGGACGACAAAGACGACGAGCCAAAGUAUGAAGAAGUGAAGAGAGAAACAGCGGAAGAAAAGAAAGAAGAGAAAUGACUUUGACAUCCAAAACUCUCCAAUAGCCCCCCCUCCCUCCCCUCCCCUUUCCCCCCCUCUCCAUCCUCUCAUGAACCUGUUUCUAGCCCUCUCCAAACGUCUCCCUUUACUCCUAGCCCAAACCAAAACUACAUUUUCCAGGGUACUCUCUUUCUUCGCCACACUUCCUCAUCCUGUAUUAAAGCAACUGGUCAUGGUUUCCAAAUGUUCUUGGUGCAGUGGUUAUAGCCCAAUGGGAGAGCAGUCUCACCUACAGAAAUGCUCAUGUAAAUCCGGUGUGUUUUGAAAUGGUGUGGUGGUUAUUAAGCAAAUUAUCAGCUUCUGCUAACCACAGCUUAAGUGUUGCCAGCUCUAAGCUGAUUCACACUAGCGGUAUUUAGCAAGUGUCCAGUCGUAGGACACUAGGGCUUUUCAACUUAACUCAGUGCAACGCGUUAGCACAGACAUUAACACAUCAGGUAACACCUGUUAAUGAGCUGGUGAAUAAAAGAUUUGAAGUGUUUUUUUUUUUUUGUAAAAAAUCGGAUCCUCCCGAGGCAUUCUCCUAGGUGAGAACUAGAACCGUAGAUCUCCUCCGAUGUGGUUAUGGCUGGGGACGCGGCGCAGCACUAAUCCACAGUCUGGUUCUGGUGGCGCUGCUCACACCACGACCUUCGCCUGAGUGGGACCGGGCCCUGAUGUGGGCCAGACCCGCUCCACAGCCAUGGUAACAGUCACAACCAUAUAGCCAUGGUAACAGUCAACAGUGCUGCUGAGACUCAAAUGAAGUGCUGUGGGGGUUUUGUUUUUUGUUUUUACUUUUUUUUUCUGCUAUGCCUAAAGCAGGAUGAGGAAAUGUGAUUAUCAGCUUUUGGAGAUGUGCACUCUCUCUCUCUCUCUCUCUCUCUUCCUCUCUCUCUUUCUCUCUCUCUCUCUGUCUGUCUGUCUUUCUCUCCCUCCCUUCUAUUUGACCCAUAAUCCUGUUUGUCCUGCAUGGCUGAAGCCACACCCCCCCCCCCACACACACACACACACACUCACAUAUACUCUCUCUUCCAGCUCUUCAAUUAACCCCACUGUCUACCCUUUUCUUAGAUGCACAAUGCCAUUUUAAGUUUAUUCGUUUUGUUUUGUGUUUUUGUUUUAGUUUGAAGGUUUUGGUUUGUUUUGUAUUACUUACUACGAUAUGAUUGUCACUGUUGGUUAGACAGAAACUAGGCUAAGCUCCACGGGGUGACUCUGGCCAAUGAUGUCAAGGCACAGGUGACGGGUGACCAACCAGUCCAAAAUAACGGCUUUUUUUCGGGGGCCAUUAAACGACCUCGCUCUGACUGGGGUGACGGAGUAAAAGCAUGCUGGUGUGAAUGUGGAGCCCUCGCUCCCCCCACCCCCACCCCCACUCCACCACCACUUCCCCUGUCGUCUACAUCAUCGAGAGUCACACUCGGGUCACGUCUUUUCACCGAUGAUUUUUUUUCAGACCCCUCACCACGACUGACACCCGCCACCAUUUUAGCACCCUCAUCCUUGACCUUUGACCCCCGGGCUCCCCCCCCACAUCAACGUUCAACCCCUACUCUUUUUACUAGGGAUCGUGUGUUUGUGUCUCUUAGUAAAGGUUCUGCUGUAUAAAACGAA